AUGUGCAUCCUGGGCCGCCUGUCGGGCUCGGUACUCACCCGUGCGGUCGCCGUCCGUUGCGCGGCAGCGGCGGGAGGCGGAGGGCGCUCAGAAGGAGGCCUCGCGUGGACGCUCGGCGGAGCCCGCGGUUUCAGAAGCGCCGCUGUCGCUAUGGCCCCGAUCAAGGUGGGAGACACCAUCCCGUCCGUGGUGGUAUUUGAAGGGGAGCCUGGGAACAAGGUGGACUUGGCCGAGCUGUUCAAGGGCAAGAAGGGGGUGCUGUUUGGAGUCCCUGGAGCCUUCACCCCGGGCUGCUCCAAGACUCACCUGCCGGGGUUUGUGGAGCAGGCGGGGGCUCUGAAGGCCAAGGGCGCCCAGGUGGUGGCCUGUCUGAGUGUUAACGAUGUCUUUGUGACCGAGGAGUGGGGCCGAGCCCACAGCACACAAGGCAAGAUUCGGCUUCUGGCUGACCCCACGGGGGCCUUUGGGAAGGAGACAGAUUUGUUACUGGAUGAUUCGCUGGUGCCCCUCUUCGGGAAUCGACGGCUCAAGAGGUUCUCCAUGGUGAUAGAGAACGGGGUAGUGAAGGCCCUCAACGUGGAGCCGGACGGCACAGGCCUCACCUGCAGCCUGGCCCCCAACAUCCUCUCGCAGCUCUGA